GGCGGGGCCUGGGAGGUGGGUAGCGUGGGGGGCCGGCGCGUAGCUGGGACUAUGGAGGGGCAGAGCGGUCGCUGCAAGAUCGUGGUGGUGGGAGACGCAGAGUGCGGCAAGACGGCGCUGCUGCAGGUGUUCGCCAAGGACGCCUACCCCGGGAGUUAUGUCCCUACGGUGUUUGAGAACUACACUGCGAGCUUUGAGAUCGACAAGCGCCGCAUUGAGCUCAACAUGUGGGACACUUCAGGUUCCUCUUACUAUGAUAAUGUCCGGCCUCUGGCCUAUCCUGACUCUGAUGCUGUGCUCAUCUGCUUUGACAUUAGCCGACCAGAAACACUAGACAGUGUCCUCAAGAAGUGGCAAGGGGAGACUCAGGAGUUUUGCCCCAAUGCCAAGGUUGUGCUGGUUGGCUGUAAACUGGACAUGAGGACUGACCUGGCCACACUGAGGGAGCUGUCCAAGCAGAGGCUUAUCCCUGUAACACAUGAGCAGGGGACUGUGCUGGCCAAGCAGGUGGGGGCUGUAUCCUACGUUGAGUGCUCCUCUCGGUCCUCUGAGCGCAGUGUCAGGGAUGUCUUCCAUGUGGCCACAGUGGCCUCCCUUGGCCGAGGCCAUAGGCAGCUUCGCCGCACUGACUCACGCCGGGGACUGCAGCGAUCUACUCAGCUGUCAGGACGGCCAGACCGGGGGACUGAGGACGAGAUACACAAGGAUCGAGCCAAGAGUUGCAACCUCAUGUGA